UCUGUCUUCACUCUCACUCAGGAGCCCCCGACCCAUCCUUGAUUAACCGAUCUCUGCGGAGACUUCCAUGUUCCAAUUUUUCUCCACAUCCUAGACGCACACUCUCUCUCUCUCUAAUUCUCAAACUAUAUUUGGCAUCAAACAUCUCUCUUUGCUUCUGCUUCUGCGAUUCAGAUAACAAUCAUGACGAUUGUUUUGACAUCCAAUCUCGUCUUCAACUCUCUUGAUCGACGACUCACUUUCCAAUUCCUAUUCUCUCACUCUCGAUCGAUCAACUCCAACCUGCUCUACCAAAAUUUCCGCCCAACUCGUAUUCCUUCGACUCCGCUUUUCAGAGUUCACUGCGAGUCUACGACGGAGGAAAUGAAGAUUAGAAAGUGUUCACCUUUUCUGGAAAGUGUAUUUCUGUCUGGUGAUGGUGUCUUGGUCUCCAGUGAGUGGAAUACAGUUCCAGACAUUUGGAGGUCUUCAGCAGAAAGAUUUGGUGAUCGGGUAGCAUUGGUGGAUCCAUAUCAUGACCCCCCUUUGACCAUGACUUAUAAACAGAUUGAGCAGGAAAUUUUGAACUUCUCUGAAGGCCUUAGAGUUAUUGGACUAAAGCCAGGCGAAAAACUAGCACUUUUUGCUGAUAAUUCCUGCCGGUGGCUUAUUGCAGAUCAAGGUAUAAUGGCCACUGGAGCAAUUAAUGUCGUGAGGGGGUCAAGGUCAUCUGUUGAAGAGCUUUUGCAGAUAUAUAAUCAUUCUGAGAGUGUCGCACUUGCUGUGGACAAUCCUGAAUUUUUCAACCGGAUUGCAGAAACAUUCUGUUCCCAGGCAGCUACAAAAUUCGUCAUACUACUUUGGGGGGAGAAAUCAAGCCUGAUUAGCAAAGUGCUGGAGGGAUUGUCUGUUUACAAUUACAAGGAGAUCAUAGAUUUGGGAUGUGAGAGUCGUAUGCGUUUGCUUGAGUCUCAUGAUGCUAGGCAGCACUAUACUUAUGAAGCCAUCAACUCUGAUGAUGUUGCUACACUGGUAUACACUAGUGGAACUACUGGCAAUCCAAAAGGUGUUAUGCUUACACAUAAGAAUCUGUUGCACCAGAUAAAUAAUUUAUGGGACAUUGUACCGGCUGAACCUGUGGAUAGAUUCCUGAGCAUGCUUCCACCUUGGCAUGCAUAUGAACGAGCUUGUGAAUAUUUUAUCUUUACACAUGGAGUUGAGCAAGUAUACACAACAGUGAAAUACUUAAAGGAAGAUUUGCGACACUACCAACCUAAUUACCUGAUUUCUGUUCCUUUGGUAUAUGAAACACUCUACAAUGGUAUUCAAAAGCAGAUUUCUACGAGCUCCACUGCUCGCAAGCUUGUUGCACUUUUCUUUAUAAAUAUUAGUUUGGCAUACAUGGACUUCAAGAGAAUUUAUGAGGGGAAAUAUCUUACAAAAAGUCAGAAGCAACCUAAAUAUCUUGUUUCAGCAUUGGACUGGUUAUGGGCAAGAAUAAUUUCUUUGAUAUUAUGGCCAGUACAUAUUUUGGCCAAGAAACUUGUUUAUAACAAAAUUCACUCAGCUAUUGGAAUAUCAAAGGCUGGCAUAAGUGGAGGUGGUAGAUUGCCUUCACAUGUUGACAAGUUCUUUGAGGCAAUUGGCAUAAAAGUGCAGAAUGGGUAUGGUUUAACUGAGUCAUCUCCUGUUGUAGCUGCUCGACAUCGUGCCUGUAAUGUUCUUGGCUCAAUUGGGCGUCCACUUCAACAUACAGAAAUUAGAGUUGUAGAUUCUGAAACAGGUGAGGUUCUUCCUCCAGGUUCAAAGGGCAUUGUAGAAGUUAAGGGGCCACAAGUAAUGAAGGGUUACUACAAGAAUGAAUCAACCACAAAACAAGUCUUAGAUGAGGGUGGUUGGCUAAACACUGGUGAUAUUGGCUGGAUUGCACCUCACCAUUCAAUAGGGCGAAGUCGUCUUUGCGGAGGCAUGGUUGUACUUGAAGGACGUGCUAAGGAUACUAUAGUUCUUUCAACGGGUGAAAAUGUUGAGCCAUCAGAGCUUGAGGAAGCUUCCUUGAAAAGUAGUUUAAUUCAGCAGAUUGUUGUUAUUGGCCAGGACCAACGUCGUCUUGGAGCUAUAAUUGUUCCAAACAAAGAAGAGAUUUUAGUGACCGCAAAGAAGUUGUUGAUUGUAGGGGCGGAUGCCUCUGAACUUAGUGAGGAAAAAAUGACAAGUCUAUUAUAUGAAGAGCUGAGGAAAUGGACUUCUGGGUGCUCGUUUCAAAUUGGGCCAAUCCUUCUUGUUGAUGAGCCUUUUACGAUUGAUAAUGGUUUAAUGACUCCAACAAUGAAAAUUCGGAGGGACAAGGUUGCAGCUCAAUACAAAGAACAAAUAGAUAAUCUGUACAAGUGAAUCCCUUAUCAGCAACAAUGUUGUAACUUUAUUGCAAGCUUAUUCUCAGAGAAAAAUAGAGUAAUACAUUGAAAAAUUGCUACUUGGCUACAGACAAAUACUAUGAUUUCCCUUUCAUGUGAAGGUCUUAACGUGGUUUUGUAUCUGUACAUGGAAUAAUUAUAUGUGGAGCAACUGUAUGCCUCAUGAAUUUGUAUUUGAUAAUAUUUCUAAUAAUUUUUUUGGCUCAAAAUAUUGAAGAAAUAUUGUGGUUCUGCGUA